UAUAUAUAUAUAUAUAUAUAUGCAACAGCAAUCGUACAUUAAUAUAAAAAAAAAAAGAAAAUAGUCGGUGCAGUGAGUUGAGGUUAGGUUCGGUAACAUUGAUUAAACCUUUUAAUGAAUAUGCAAGUAGAUUUUACGCGCACUUUUGCUCAUUGACAUUUACGUGAACUAGAUUUCAAUUUUCUUUUCGUAUCGAAAAAAUUUACUUAAUCUUCGAACUAUACGGUUUGAUAGUAUCCUAUAUACAUGAAAUGUUGAAUGAUAAUUUUUGCUGGUCGAUGUAGUUAGAAAAUUUAAUAAGCAUUAAAAAUAGCAUUAAUAAGCAAAAACAUAAUUUGAUUUUUAAAUAUCAUUCACUACUAACGUCCGUUGGAAUUUCAAAGAAUAUUCACGAAGAGCGUCUCAUCACUACGAUGCCAUCUAUUAACCUAAAAUGUAUGGUAGAGCAACAGUGCGUCUUAUUUUGCUUGAAUCUUGCUGUCGUUAGAAACGUGCUUUCGAAGUGUCCCUGUUUCAGAUGUGAAAGUAAAUAAUAAAAUAUAAUAAUAUAAUUUACAAGCAUUUUGUAGUAAUUUAUUAUUUUCAAUUUAAGCGUCAAUUCUUUAUCCUCUGAACGCUUGUCAUAGUCAAUGACGUUUAGAACGAAUAAGCUUUUACAUUUGGAGUUACUGGCGCUGGAGAUGCAGCAAAACCAACGGGAUUCUCGCUUGCUUCCACACCAGCACAAAGUAAACCCGGUGGAGUAUUUGGUACCGGAUUGAGCAGUACCCCUAUUCAGAGUACUAGCUUUACUUUCGGGACACCGGCUGCUAUUCCUGCAAACACUGCAGUUUCACAAACACCUUUAACAUUUAGUACUGGUACAACUGCUAGUACCGGGAUAACUCCUGCAGCAACCACCUUAAUAACAUCUACGGGAUUCUCUGCGCCAGCACCAGUUGGAAGUAACCUAAAUUUUAAUUUAGGAAGUACUACCACAGUCACAACAACAACAACAGUAGCUACAUCAGCCUUUGCAUCCAAGCCACUUACUGGAUUUACGUUGGGUGGUGGUGAAACUACUGCAUCCACUGCUGCAACUGGCCUAACAUUUGGCACACCGAAUACUUUGGCAACAGGAACUGGAUUUAAUCUUUCGGCAACACCUGUCGCAACUACUACAACGGCUACAACUACGACAGCAUCAAGUUUUUCUUUAACUGGUGCGAGUAGUACAACAUCUGCAGCUACAGGUUUUACCUUUGGCACGGGAACGACUUCAACCAGCACAGCUGGGUUUUCUUUAAAUCAAACUGCUGCCACAGCAAGCCUCACAAGUACUCAAGUGUCGUUAGGAACAACCACAACUGUUACUUCAUCUGCCACUCAACCUCAACCUGCUUCUAUAAAUUCAUUUGAAGAAUCUAUUAAUAAAUGGACGAUGGAAUUAGAAGAACAAGAGAAAGUAUUUGUGAAUCAAGCUGAACAAGUUAACGUUUGGGAUAAAUUACUUAUAAGUAAUGGAGAGAAAAUAGUAGCACUUAAUCAAGAAGUAGAAAGAGUCAAAAUCGAGCAGCAGCAACUGGAGCAUGAAUUGGAUUAUGUUGUUGGCCAACAGAAAGAGUUGCAAGAUUGUUUAAUACCUCUAGAAAAAGAAUUAGCAUCUCUUUCAGUGUCUGAUCCAGAAAGGGAAUAUACGUAUCGUUUGGCAGAAGAUCUUGAUACCCAAUUAAAACGAAUGUCAGAGGAUUUGAAGGAAAUCAUCGAGCAUUUAAAUCAAGCUAAUCGUACUCAAGAUUCCAGUGACCCGAUCGUUCAAAUUGGCAAAAUAUUGAACGCUCACAUGAACAGUUUACAGUGGCUAGAUCAGCAAACAACUUUGUUGAGUCAAAAGAUACAGCAGAUCGAUCAGAUGCAUCAAAAUUUCCGACAAGAGAACGAACGAAGCUUUAGUUUGGCAUAUAAUUAA